AGUCAUUAAGUGUUGGUGCUUUGAGUGAAGUCGCAGAAAUUACCUGUUGCGUUCUUGUUGGAAUUCAAACGAAAAAACAUCACAUUAGCAAUAAUUAAGAUUAGAAUUAACAUCCAUCAAUAAUUCUCAUAAAUCGUCUAUGACGUCGAAUUGGGCUUUGACGGUGGAAAAGUACGAAUUGAAGAACAAACUGGUUUCUUCAUAAAAAAUCUCUGUUAAAAAAUAAAAAAGAAACAAUUUGACCGUGAUUGUAUCUGCGGAUGAGUCAUUUGGUGCUUAUACAUUCAACAGUAAAGUUUGUUGGUGAAAAUAUUUUUCUUGUGAAAAAGAAAUAAAAUAUUUUUGAUAAAAGCUUGAAGUGAUAAUAAGACAAAAGUACAUAUUUAGAAAACUGACAUCAUAGUUAUAUAAAUUGUUGCAAAAAAAUAAAACUUACGUGAUUGUUAAACAAUUCAGAACAACAACAUGCUACCGUUAGUCACAACAAUGCCUUUGAGCACGACAGCAUUUUCAACUUUAGCUGUUGGAGGUUCUCAAUGUGGAACGAAACUUUGUGAUGUUUACCAGUUCUGUUCAUCGUAUCAUCAAGAGUGUGAAGAUUGUGCAAUGACUUGUGACGAGACACAUCAUAACUUUGAUCAAGAAGUUUGCAUGGCUGAAUGUCGAGAAUAUCUUCACGAUCGCAACUUUGUAAAACUUUCAGAUUAUGCAGCUGAAAUACAAAACCUGAAAAUUUAUCUUAGCGUGACAUUCAUCUUGACGUUGCUGCUGUUGAUUCUUUUUUUUGCUGUUAAUGGAACGAAGAUUUUCAGAUGCUUCAGACAUGCAUUUAACUCGAUAAAGAAAAAGGGAAAGAAACAAAUCCCAAUUGAACCAGUAACAAUGGCAAAUCCAAACACCGAAAGUCCAAAGAUGCGACGACAUCAAAACAACCAUCAAAUCAACAUCAAUCGAACUUCUUCGAUAUUCACAGUAACUGGAACAGAAUAUGAUCAGAAAACUGUCAGUACACCAAUUUCCCGUCAUCCCGCUGAAGAUACUCUUACAAGUAGUGUCGUAAACACUGAUUACUCCUACGAUAACAAAGCUUUACAAUUAACUCCAGUCGGUGAAGAGAAACCGAAAAUUGAAACAACUUUUUAAGAAAUUCAAACAUCACAAACAUUUCUCGUCUAACUACCGUCCAAUCAAAACUGUGGAAAAUGCUUUCAAGUCACUCGGUUUUAUUUAAUUAUACUUUUCAUAUGACUUAAGUAAAUUACUUUAAGUAAUUUUAUAUUUUACAAAAAAUCUUUCACGGUUUAAAUUAAAUUAGGACUUAAAAUGUAAUUCUUUCAUUUUAUUGAAUUGUAUUAAACCAUCUUCAGUAUAAAUAAUGUCACAAAUUGUGAUGAAAAAAGGUGAAAGAAAAAGAAAAUCUCGAAGUUUUCAUUUUAGUUAGAAAUUCAAACUCAACAGUGACACAAAAUUUGUCAAUCACUGCAAAAGUUUCAUUGAAAAGGCAAAGAAAAAUUUAAAUUUAAAGCUAAUCAUCUUCAGUUCAAAUUUUUUCCUUGUUGCAAAUAUUUUAAAUGAAAAUUAAACCCAGUAUUGAUUCCGUCGAAGUAAUGGAUUGAUCUUGGGUGGAAUAUGUUGGGGUUGGGCAAGUGAUGAUGGAUAAGUCAUUUCAGGAAUUGUUCCCAUCAUGUCACCAAUUGAAGAUGUCCAACUUUCAGGAUCAUCAUUGUAAGAUGCUGCAUAUCGAAGCAUUUGCUCUCGUGCAUCUUCUCGCAUAUCGAUCAUGUCUUCAGGAUCAGAAUCGUGGAUGUCCAAUCCAAUUGGGAUGACCUUACAGUGCGGGACAUUGCUUAGAACAGGAAGUGGAGUUGAUGAUUGUGUGACUGGAAGAGAUUCGUUUUCUGAAGGUGUGUACAUGCUUCUUGUAUUAUUGAUAGUCAUAAAGUCAGGUGGACGUGGAAGUUGUGGUGGAUCUUUAGACUUCAUUUUCUUACUACUUGAUCGACAUUUGAUAAAAAGAAUUAGAAGAAUGAGAAGAACGAUUAUGGCAAUGAGAAUUGCGACAAGAAUUAAAAUAUCAAAUGGCAGGAAAGUCGAAUCAGCGACAACAACAUCAGGUUGUGAUGAAUCUUCACCAGACAAAAGUGAAGAAUGAAGUUCUAUUGGAACAACUCCUUGAGCUGGUUGUGCUGAUUUCGUUGUUAAAAUAUAUUCGAAAGAAUCAUUCAUUCCUGUGAACGAUGACGGAAAUUUCCUUGCUACAUAAUAAAUGAUUCCACUCUUCAUCUCUUUGUAAGUAAAUGUUGUCACUUCCUUGUCGUUGACAUUCUCGACAUCGCCAGUGCUUCGUCGAAUUUUCCUCAACUUCCCAUAUUGUGGACGUUUCGUGAUGAAAAUCUUUGGAUUGUAACGAUUCAAUUUGAGUUGUGUUGGGUUGUCUUGAAUAAAUGUUGAUGACAAUCGUAUUUUACCUCCUGGCGUGAUAUAAAUUGGACUGAUUGUGAUGAAAGGUUGAACGACAAUCAAAAUGUCGACAAUAAGGGAAGAAGACGAGUCAGGAAUAUAAGCAUUAACUUGAAACGAAUCAUUACUUCGUGUCAUAUCAUUCUGAACAUAUUGAAUGACUCCAUCUUCCAACUGUCGUUGAUUAAAUCGAAAGAUUUGCUUAUGAUUAUUGUUGAGAACGCCGCCAUUUGGUAGUCUAGUGAUGUUGUAAAUCAAUCGACUUUUCUGAACAUUUGUUUCAAUUGGAACAUGCUUCGAUUCAAGCGUUCCAACAUUCAAUCCUUGUUGAACAAUCAUUGGUUGUGCUGGGGAAGUUGGAGGUAGAAUUUCAAUCGGAAGAAUCUUAAUCGAGAAUGUAUCAAAAGCUGGCUUAUGUUCACCAUCCCAAACUUGAAAUGAAAAUGUCGUAGAUUCAGGGCUUCCUGAGUGCGUAUAAAUUAUUCGAUUGCUGUUGAUAUCAGCUUGAGUGAAUUGAUUUCCAUACGAAACAAUACUUUGAACGUAACCUUCAUCAGAUAUUUUUUGUAACAUUCCAUGAAUUGGACCGCCACUGAUGUCAUAAAUAAUUCCCUCGGGCGAUGUGUCAGCAUCUUCCGUGAGCAAAUCAAAGUUUGUAAUUGUUUUAUUUUCUCCUUCAAUGACAGAAAUCCGUGGCGAUGUCGUCAUCAAAUAAAACGGUUGAUCGUUCUUUGGACGAAUGGUC